AUGGCCCCAGGAACGGAACAGCAGCAGCAGCAGCAGCCGCCGCCGCCGCCAGAGCAGCACCAGACUGCCGCCGCAGAUGCACCCCUAGUCAUGAACGAGUCACCCGUUUCUGGCUCCUCCAAGCAAGACCGCCGAAUGAGCGACGAAUGGGAUGCGUCCAAGGUCCCCCCCAGCCGCUUCCAGAAGCGCAAGGGGUCCAUAUAUGCCACUCCCAACUCUCGCGACGGCCACAUAGACAGAAACUAUGCGGAGAAAUACCACGCAAAGAUUGCUGAGAUGAAAGGCGGCAAGUGA